AUGCAUCUUCUCUUCCUUCAGCUGCUGGUGCUCCUGCCUCUAGGGGAGGCUGUGCAGCACGGGGAUGGUCGCCAGAGGCAGAGUUCUGUCUCUCUUGUGCUCCUAGAAAGGAAUCGCAGAGAGCUCUCCAUGGGCACUCAGGAGGAAGCAGAGGAGAAGCCAGAUCUGUUUGUGGCCAUGCCACAUCUGAUAGGUGCCAGCCCUGCAGAGGAGGGCCAGAGGCAGAGAGAAAAGAUGCUGUCCAGGUUUGGGAGAUUCUGGAAGAAGCCGGAGAGAGAGCUGCACCCAUCCCAGGGCUUAGUCAGUGAGCAGUUAUUCCCUGGGACUUGGGGCCUCACUCAGCCCAAGGAUAGGAUGCCGAUGGAGAAGUCUCCUCUCCGGGAAGAAGCCAAGAAAUUCUGGCACCACUUCAUGUUCAGAAUGAGUCCAGCUUCUCAGGGGAUCAUCCUGCCUAUCAAAAGCCAUGAAGUACAUCAGGAGACCUGUAGGACAGUGCCCUUCAGCCAGACUAUCACCCAUGAAGACUGUGAGGAAGUGGUUGUACAGAACAACCUCUGCUUUGGAAAAUGCGGGUCCCUGCCUUUUCCUGAAGCUGCGCAGCAUCCCCACACAUUCUGCUCCCACUGCCUGCCUGCCAAGUUCACCACGAGGCACUUACAGCUCAACUGCACCGGCCUGGCUAUGGUGGUCAAGGUGGUGAUGCUGGUGGAGGAAUGUCAGUGCAUGGGGAAGACAGAGCAUCAGCAUGGCUACCCCGAACAGGCUGGCUUUCGGGCAGAAUUUCAUGUCCAAGAUCCCUUUAUCCCAGGAUUUUCAACAUAA